AUGCUGGGAAGUGGCUAUACCGGUUCAACGAUGGUGGGAGGCUGGACCGAGCAGAACCCCCAGGGAAGCCCCAAGUACCUGAAGCUUGCCCACUACGCAGUGUCCACGCAAACAGAGGGCGAGACAGUAUACAACACGGUCCUCAACCUCACUAACGUCGCCACUCAGGUUGUGGCUGGCGUGAACUACAACCUGACCUUCACUACAGCGCCGACCAACUGCAGGGUCGGUCAAGUGCAGUAUUCGGCGACUCAGUGUCCUCCAGCCGGACCGGUGAACGGAAAGUGUUCGGCGAUCGUCUACGUUGUUCCUUGGAUGAACACAACCCAAGUGACCAGCUACACAUGUUCCAGCGCAACAAAUUGAAACCCACAAAGUCAACGCCAAAGCUAUCUACAUCUAACAAGCCCAAAGAAAAGUAACAUGUGGUCCAAAUCGGAACAAA